GACGAAAAUUCAAACUUUCAACUUUCAACUGUGGAAAUUGGAAUAAUGGAGCGAGUGGUGGAUAGGACAAGCACAAGUUUGUGGUGGUGAAUGUAAUAUACUAAUAUGGCUAAUCGGCUAUGGCUUCGCCUUGUGGUGUCCUUUUCUCAUCAGCGAAACUCUUCCGCCAUCGCAACUGCUCUCCAUUCUUCACCUUACAGGGCUCUCGCAGAAAAUUUUCUCAAGCAAAUAGUUUACGCACAUCAAAAGUGGAAUUGCGAAGGGUAUCCAAGUUAGAACUAUUCAAAAUGCCAUGGUCUAUACAUUCGGCACUACAUAAACAUCGAAUCAUCUUAACUUGUGCAAAAUUCAAAAAUGGGAUAACAGAAUUCAAGCAUCCUUCGACUUUUCCCUCUUCUCUUCUAAACACAAAUUCCAUAUUGAAGAAUAAUAGGAAAUUGCCAUUGAUUCAGUAUCAUUAUCAUCAUCCGCUCCAAUGUAUUAUGAGUAAUGGAGAUGAAGAAGAGUUGUCUGAUGAAGAUGAGGAGCUUUGUCCAGUUGAAUGCGUGAGAGAAAUCAAGAAAGAUGAGGAAUUAGUCUCAGUUUUAGAAAAAGCAAAAGAAGCUAAUUCAUUAGUUGUGGUUGAUUUCUAUCGAACUUCAUGUGGUAGUUGCAAAUAUAUAGAACAAGGAUUCGCAAAAUUGUGCAGAGGGUUGGGUGAUGAAGAGGCCCCUGUUAUCUUCUUAAAACAUAAUGUGAUUGAUGAAUACGAUGAACAAUCAGAUAUAGCAGAAAGACUUCGAAUUAAGGCAGUGCCUCUGUUUCAUUUUUAUAAAAAUGGAAUAUUAUUGGAAGCUUUUGCAACGAGAGAUAAGGAGCGGAUUAAAGGGGCUAUAGAGAAAUACACAGCAGCACCUGCUUCUUCUACUCCUGCUGCUGCUGCUAAAAAUUCGUAAAUCGUAACAUAUUAUCAUAAUUAAUUCAUUUUGGUUAUUUUAUAUAUUCUUAUUUUGUGGAAGAUGUGGUCUACAAAGAUAAGAAUGAAAAAUUGAAUUAAUGAUUGUAUAAAGGAAUAAAAUCAUGUUAUGUCUAUGAGGAAAGGUGAAGUUAUCAACAGUUCUUUGAUUUUGUUGCAAACUAUAAUACGAUAGAUAUCUGUAUCCCUUUUUAUGCUUUUUAUCUAUCUGAUUAUUUUAC